AUGGGGAGCGAACCUGCGGCAACCAUCUACCCCGAGAGCGCCACGUUGACGGCGACGUGCAACCCGUACCUGGACUUCUACCGAUCCUUUCAGAAGUCCCAGCCCAAAGAGAUGGCUCGGAUCUUUGACCCGGACCUGGAUGACGAGACCCGUGAAGAAUUGUUCAACGCGGUGGACGACAAUGUCGCAGCGAAAUACUCAUGGGCAAUCCCGGACGAGCGCGCGCUUCGCAUUAUCAAGCACUACGGACCGAUUGUCGAAAUCGGCGCAGGCACGGGGUACUGGGGCCGAUUGCUGCAACUUCGUGGUGUCGACAUCAAAUGUUUUGAUUUGCAUGUUCCUGGAGACGAGAGCGCGAACGGUGCGGACAGCGACGACGCCUCCGACGAAGAACGGGAUGUCGACGAUAGUCCGCGCAUGACGUGGCUGGAGGUUGAGCAAGGCACGCCAGAGGUCCUCACGAAGCACAAAAAUCGGACUCUGCUCUUGUGCUACCCCGACGACUACGAAGACAGUGACGAGUCGAUGGCCGAAGCAUGCCUCAACUACUACACUGGCGAAUACGUGAUUCACAUCGGCGAGUUGUUUGGCCACACGUUGUGUUUGCCCGAGCCGUGGGGCCGCACGUCGUCGCCCGAGUUCCAGACGCGACUGGCAGCCGUCUUUCACAAGAUUCUGCAGGUGCCGCUCCACUCGUGGCAUUCCAGCGUCGACACGCUGACGGUGUGGAAGCGCACCAAGACAUGCAUCGUCGAUGAUGGCAUGUACGCUUUCAUUCCGGCCGACGAACAGCUCAACAUGCAAGCGGGCAAAGAAAGCGCGGCCGCCAUGUCCAUGAUUCGCGGAAAGCUCGCCAACAAGUCGAGGUGGGAAUGA